AACGGUGAUAAAAUUGACAAAUGAUGCAGACGGUGUACAACUGUCCAUCCCAUUUAAAUUCCACAUAAUCUCUUUGUUUCUUCAAUCAGGAGCAUUGCAAUCAGCCAUGGCUCCUAAAAGGGUUCUUCUUCUCUGCGGUGACUAUAUGGAAGACUAUGAAGGCAUGGUUCCUUUUCAAGCACUCCAAGCCUUUGGUGUCGCCGUCGACGCUGUUUGUCCAGGAAAAAAAUCCGGUGACGUCUGCCGCACCGCCGUCCACAUUCUUUCCGCUGCCCAGACUUUUACCGAGACAGUUGGUCACAAUUUUGCACUCAAUGCAACUUUUGAUGAAAUUGAUCACACAAGCUAUGAUGGGUUGUGGUUGCCGGGAGGAAGGGCGCCGGAGUAUCUUGCUCACAUUCCUAGUGUUGUGGAGCUGGUGACCAAGUUUGUCAGUUCUGGAAAAGCAAUUGCUUGCAUUUGUCAUGGCCAAUUGAUUCUGGCAGCUGCUGGUGUAGUUGAAGGGCGUAAGUGCACAGCUUAUCCUCCUGUCAAACCGGUAUUGGUUGCUGCUGGUGCUCACUGGGUUGAACCUGACACCUUGUCAACAACUGUGGUGGAUGGUAAUCUCAUUACUGCACCUACUUAUGAAGGGCACCCGGAACUUAUUCGCCAUUUUGUGAAGGCAUUAGGAGGGAAAAUAAGUGGAUCUGAUAAGAAAAUCCUCUUUAUUUGUGGGGAUUACAUGGAAGAUUACGAGGUCAAGGUUCCUUUUCAGUCUCUUCAGGCUUUAGGAUGCCAUGUUGAUGCAGUUUGCCCCUCAAAGAAGGCUGGUGAUACUUGCCCAACUGCUGUUCAUGAUUUUGAAGGAGAUCAAACUUACAGCGAGAAGCCAGGACACAAUUUUACUUUAACUGCGACCUUUGAUGACGUUGAUGCUUCAGUAUAUCAUGCUCUUGUCAUCCCUGGAGGUCGAUCACCUGAGUACUUGGCAUUGAAUGAGGCAGUUAUUGCCUUGGUGAAGCAUUUCAUGGAAAAAAAUAAGCCAGUGGCAUCAAUCUGCCAUGGCCAACAGAUUUUAGCUGCUGCUGGUGUUCUCAAGGGAAGGAAAUGUACUGCUUAUCCAGCUGUGAAACUUAACGUGGUUUUGUCAGGAGCGACAUGGCUGGAGCCUGACCCCAUAAGCCGCUGCUUCACUGAUGGAAAUUUGGUUACUGGAGCUGCAUGGCCAGGGCACCCAGAGUUCAUUUCUCAGUUGAUGGCACUACUUGGUAUUCAAGUAUCUUUCUAGUAGCUCUUUGUAAUAUAAUAUAAUUAAUAAAAAGAAUAAAAAUCACCUCGUCUGUCCAGUAUCAAAGGGUUCAAAAUAAGUGGAUGUGUAGUGUUACCGUAUUGUAUUUGAAGGACUUAUAAUGUACUAGGCAUGCAAGCACUUAUUUCUCUGAGCAAAGUGUCUAAUUUUGGCCAAGGAAUUAUUCUUUCUCCUAA